ACAAACAUGGAAUCCUUAAAAGAAUUUUGCUACAAAGUUAUUUUCCAUGAAGAACCUGAAGGUAUUUUGCCAAAUAUUGAUACAACAAAAAAUGAUAUUUGCAUGAUAUAUAAAGGUGUUAUUAAUCCAAAUAUUAAAGAAGUAGUUAUAAUUUUAAAUUGUAAACAUUUUUAUUAUAAAGAAUGUAUUAGAGAAAAGUGUCUGCAGUGUCAAGAAAUAACUAAUGGGGUUGAAAAUAUACCAGUUGAUCAUCAAGAAAAUAACUAUUCCAUUAGCUCAUUAUUGAAUUUAAAACAUGUCAUCAUUUUUACUUCACUUACUAAUUACACCGAACCCACCAUAUUUACUGAACCUAUUAAACCUCUCAUGCUUACCGAAUCUACCGUACCUAUCGUUAAUAUAAAAUUUAUUGAAUCUACAGAAUCUAAUGAACCUACUAAUGCAAAUCAAGUGGUAAUUAGGAGUUGGUAUGAAUUUGCAAAUGAGCUUGACAAACAGAUUAAUCAAACAUUAAAGGAUCAAAAAAAUUCUAAACAUGGAAGUUCGAAAAAAGCAGCAAUAUCUGAAGUAUAUGAUAAACUUUUAAGCUAUUUCGCUGAUAUGACACGGUUCACUUUGAGAAAAAGGGUGGAAAAGGCAAAUAAG